CAGGCAGUCUUAGGUGCUCAAAUUUGCUGGGCUGAAUGGGAGCUGGAGCACUUUGUCUUUAGUGCCCUUGCUGGCUGGCGUGCGUGUCCUUGCUCAUGCAGCUUGUCCCAACCAAAGAUUCCACGUCGAGGUUCCAUCCCUAUCGCAUUCGCAAUUAUCAGCAACCUUUCUCGCUUCAACUACAGAUCAGAUAGGCGAUUUGGUCAGCGUCUUCUUUAGAUUCUCCUUUUCGAAGAUACCCUUGUUUCACCUUCUCUUUUCCCCUUGCAUAAUUGCCUAGAGACUACCCUCGGCGUCAUCAUCACCCUUUGAUUGCUGCGACACUCCCAACGAUGCUCGUCUCUCUCACUGUCGGCAAGGUCGAUGCCGGCGUUACUGUUCUUCUGACACCGGACAAGCGCUUGAUCGAAUUCCCAUCUAUCCUCCUCCCUCCCAACAUCUCGUCAGGCAGUAUCGUCGACAUCAACGUUUCGCAGAACGCGACCAAAGAAGCUGCUGCCGAUCACGCAUUCCGUGCCCUCCAAGACAGCAUCUACAACUCAUUUGGUGCCUCGGAGCCUUCAACUCCAGUGCUGCGAUGCCGCAAUGCAACCCAAACCUCGGUCGUUCUUGAGUGGGAUCCUAUUCAGCUUGCUACCGCCGACCUUAUUUCUUUGAGUCUCUACCGAAAUGGUCAAAAAGCUGGAAAUAUCCCUCGCCCGUUACAGAUGCACAGCACAAAGAUUAGCGGCCUUGCUGUUGAUACAGAGUAUACCUUCCACCUGGUCCUGCGCACAAGCGCUGGCACCUUCAUCAGUGAGCGCGUCUCCGUGAGGACUCACAAAAUGACGGAUCUAAGAGGUAUUACCAUUACUACCGGUAUUCUGCCUAGUGCCGUCAAGGACAGCUUGACAAAUGCGGUUGAGCGCAUCGGGGCCAAGAUUGUUGAUGGCGUCCGCAUUGACACGACGCAUUUUGUUACUACUGAGGGACGUGGGCAGCAAUGGGAGAAAGCUGUCGAGAGCAACAUUCCCGUCGUACGUCCCGAAUGGGUUGAGGCUUGCGAGAAGAGUGGCCGCAUUCUAGGUGUUACCAAAUUCUAUCUUGAUGCUAUGAAGCCAGGCCCCCCAGCCGAGGAGGCUUCACCUCCACCUCCUCCAGAGAAGGAGGAGAAGAGCCUGCCCGUGCCGCCUGCCCACAACGGCGAGCAGGCAUCUCCAUCAGAGGAGAAGCUAGACGAGAAGGUCAAGGAGAAGCAAGAAGAGGACGCGCAAAGGAACGGCGGAAAGCAGAGCUCCGGCGGUAGCAGCACUGAGGGCGAAGAAGAAGCCGAGAUCGAGCAAAAGACGAAGACAUCACCACAAGAGGAACAAAAGGUACGAUUCGAGGAUAAAGAGGAGCAGAAGGUUGCCCUACGACCCGCCCAUAAUGGUGAAUCAAGUAAACCCGAACACGAUGAUAAGCAAGAAGCGUCAGAUGACGACGCAGAAGAGGAGUCAAACGCGAAGACCGCACCUACACCAGAUGGAGCAUCCUUUCAAGAAGUGGAGCUAUAGACCAAGAGGUACUUCAAUUAUGUAGUUGGGAUUGACUUUGUUUGAAAAGAUAGCAUGAUUAGGCAGUGAGUGGACAGUGGUCCCUGUCUGGUACGGUCUCAUGUGGUUAUGUUGACUGGCAAGAUCUUGGUGAAAGGGCAGAGCAGAUACUGGUUUAAUAACUUGAUUUUCGCGCAAACGACUCUGAGUUGCGUUAUUCUUUCAGCUCUUUUAAUGAUCCACGCCUCACUUUAUGGGAGGAUCUCCUUGUUGUUCCAGUCCAUACACUUGCCUCGCCCUUCCAGGGGGAGACCCGUUGCGACUUUUACAAGUCUGUCGACAGCGAAUUCAGGGCUGAAUAGUUUGCCCUCCUUUGUACUCUCCCAGAAACCCUUGCUCAGGUCUGUCUUGACCGUGCCAGGGUGAUAGGCAAUGGAGAUGGCCUUGUCACCACUCCGCCCACGGAGAAAUAUGUCGUAACUCUUGCCCAGGCUGAUAACUCCUGCCUUGCUCGCCCGAUAUGAGAACCAUCCCCCAGCCCUAUUAUCUGAUGUGGAGCCAACCCGAGCUGCCAUACUGAGCCACACCGAAUACGGAGGCAUCUGUACCUCAUCACUGUUGGGGCUGUCCUCG